AUGUUCUCUCAGGCGCCAAAUAACCUGUUCUCGCAGAUGAUCAACGUGCUCUUACUCUCGCAAUGCGCUUUGGAUCGGAGCGCGGAUUAUCCGCCGGAUCGCACGGCAGAUGUUCUAUCGAAAAAAGAUUUCGAUUUUGUGAUUGUUGGGGGUGGGACUGCGGGCUCUGUGCUAGCCCGGCGACUAGCAGAGGUAGACAACUGGGAUGUUCUGUUGAUCGAGGCAGGGAAGGAUGCUAGUCCCACCAGUGAAGUUCCUGGAUUUAUGACGGCUCUAGUGAACACUACUGAAAACUAUGCUUAUAAGACUGAGCCGCAGCCUGGCUUCUGCCAGGGUAACAAGAACAAGCGGUGCGGUUGGCACAAGGGCAAGGCCCUUGGCGGCAGUUCAGUAAUAAACGCAAUGUUAAACGUGUUCGGCAAUGAUAGAAACUACAACCAAUGGGAGGAGCAAGGCAACGAAGGCUGGGGCUACGAGAACAUGCUUCGAUACCUUCGAAAGGCAACCAACUGUUCGCCAGAGUACAUAGCAAAGUACGGAGACAGACACUGCGGGACGAACGGUCCGAUGAGUAUUAGGAUGUUCAAUGAUUCUGAUUCUAUCGUUUCCGAGCUUUUGCUAGAUCUUUUGCUAGAUGCAGCUCGGGAGAUGGGCAUCGGUGUGCUGGAGCCUGUAGUUAGCGACCGCUACAUUGGUUUCGGGAGAACCUACGGUAUCGUAGAUAACGGAGAGCGGAUGAACGCUGCCAGAGCCUUUCUCUCUCCCAUCAAAGACAAGAAGAAUUUGUAUGUGAUGAAGUCCACCAGAGGCGACAAGGUUCUGCUGAAUGGCAAUAAGGCAGUGGGUGUCCGUGUGACGUCUGGGGGCAGGACCACAGACUUAACCGCCUCCAAGGAAGUCAUCCUGUCAGCGGGUAGCAUCGCCAGUCCUCAGUUGCUGAUGCUUUCGGGAAUAGGGCCCAAGAAGCAUCUAGAGGACAUGGGAAUUCAAGUGGUAGCUGAUCUGCCGGUAGGCAAGAACCUCCACGAUCACAUUUUCUCACAGGGCAUAACGAUUGGAUUUGUAAACGAGGCUACGGCCCCACCGACGUCCUCAUUUCCCAUGGAUGUAGCUUAUAAUUAUUUGAUGCAUAAAAGGGGGCCCCUUACUGGUGUUGGCGUCGACGUUAUAGGAUUUGUUAAUCUGAACGAUCUUCGACAGAGUUAUCCGGACCUUCAGAUUCACUUCGGUCACUACCCAAGAUGGGAACCGGUAGAGAUAGCCGGCAUGUACAACAUGAUCAACGCGGACGACGAGGUAGUGCAAGAGGCGACAAAGAUGAUCAUGGAGAGCGACAUUGUCGUGGCAGCCACCACGCUGCUGCAACCGAAGAGCAGAGGGGUCCUCGAGCUGCGCAGCACCGACCCAGCGGACUCCAUGAAGAUCUACGCGAACUACCUCGCUGAGAGGGAAGACUUGGAAAUCUUGUUGAAGUCAGUGGACUUUAUCAAGGCUCUGACGCAGUCCCCCACAUUCAAGAAGUACAACAUGACGUUGAGACACUUCGACCUGCCCGGGUGCAGGGACAAGCUGCCCGAUUCUCAGGAAUACUGGGAGUGCAACAUCAGACAAAUAACUUCCACCGUCUGGCACCCUGUUGGCACUGCCAAGAUGGGAACGAAGGGUGAUCCUACCGCCGUGGUAGAUUCUAGGCUGAGGGUGCACGGCGUGCAGAGGCUGAGAGUGAUCGACGCGUCGAUCAUGCCGAACAUAGUCAGUGGGAACACAAAUUCGCCGACUAUGGCGAUCGCGGAGAAGGGCGCUGAUAUGGUGAAAGAGGAUUGGCUGGAGAACUGGUACGUCGAGCUGUAAGAUUUUAGUCACAAUAAUGCACAGGGACUGCAAAUUUACC